AUGCGCGUCAUGGGCGACAUGUAUGUCCGCGACGAGUUCAAGCGGCACAAGGGCGCUCAAGCGAGCCAAGCGCAGGUCUUCAUGGCCGAGUGGAAGGUCAGCAGCGAACACUGGCUCGAGGGAGGAGGAGGGUCGAACUCUGUCGCUCGGGCUUUGAGAUCGGAUGGUGCUGUACAUCUAUAUAGUGAUGCUGCAAUGUGA